AUGCCGCAUAAAACUGAGCUCCAGCACCGAGUCGUCAGUUUUGUGUGAACCAGCUUCAACGAACAGGUGUCCUUUGUUUCGUUUUGGCUUGUAAACGUAACGUGUGAUGAUUGGAACUACCCUACACCAGGAUCCAACGGGGUAAUAAGCGAGGUAGAAAGCUGGGGCGGCCAGUGCGACAAUGGUCGGCGUCAGUCUCCUAUUGAUCUAGCUCAAGCAGCUGCGGUGCGAGGUGAAUUCGCACCCUUCUUUUUCAGUAACUAUAAACUACCAAUAAAACAAGCCCAGUUGACCAACACCGGUCAUUCCGUUCAAAUUUCUAACCAAGAUCCAGCAGUAACAAUACAGGGCGGUGGAUUAGGUGGCCGUUUUGUGCUUGAUCAGAUGCAUUUUCAUUGGGGUUCAGAGCACACCAUUGAUAGCACUCGGUAUGGACUUGAACUACAUCUGGUGCACCAUGACGUACGCUAUUCGUCACUAGAGGAAGCCGCGGCAUCAAGAAACGGCGUUGCCGUUUUAGGAGUAUUAUUCCAUGUAAGCGCUCAGCCCAAUAUGCACAUCGAUGUUAUACUGAACACUGCAGCAGAUAUUAGAAAUGACCCGGGAAAAGAGGCAUUAUUAAAAGGCAAACUGUCACCGCAUUAUCUGAUGCCGGCAAACCGUACAACAUUUUACCGAUACGAGGGUUCGCUGACAACACCGGCUUGCGCGGAGUCUGUCAUUUGGACGGUGUUUACCAACAGCGUUGGAGUGUCACUGGAGCAAAUAGAACAGUUUAAGGCAAUCCAUGAUCAAAACGGUAGAGAGCUGCUAAACAAUUUUCGUUCUCUGCAACCACUCAAUGCACGAGCCUUGGUAUAUGCAACUGAAUGGGACAGACAGGGAAACAACUUCGCAGGGGUACCUCGUUUACAUGCGCUUCUAGUAGUAUUGGUGGGAUUAUUAAUAGCUACAAGCAAGUGAAAAUUUUAA